UUUAUGCUCCCAUCUCCCACUCUGGCACUCUCCCUGUCUCAUGGCGAUCCCAGCUCCCAUGGCACUCUCCAUUUCUGCGCCCGCCUCAUCCUCCCUCAUCCCCGUCUCCCGCCAGGUCGGCCGGUGGACCUCGUCAGCAAGUUCCGCUAAGCCCGCGGUCUUCAACCUCCGGAGGCCGGUUCUAGUGGCGCGCGCCGGCGGCGGCAACGCGCCGUCUUCCCCCGUGGACGAAGUGGUCACUGAGCUCGACGUGGUAUCCAGCUUCAGUGAGAUCGUGCCCGACACCGUCGUGUUCGAUGAUUUCGAGAAGUUUGCGCCGACGGCGGCCACAGUUAGCUCCUCGCUGCUGCUCGGGAUCGUGGGGCUACCGGAUACCAAGUUCAAGAGUGCGAUAGAUACAGCGUUGGUAGAUGGCGAAUGUAACACAAUGGAGAAACCGGGGGACCGGAUGUCGUGUUACCUUACCAAGGCCCUGGGGAAUGUUGGAGCUGAACUGUCCAAUCAAGUUCCUGGAAGGGUGUCAACGGAAAUAGAUGCUCGGUUGGCUUACGAUACCCAAGGGAUCAUCCAGAGGGUGCAUGAACUGUUGCAGAUAUAUAACGAACAUGGUGUUUUGUCAGAACGUCUUUUAUUCAAAAUUCCUGCUACAUGGCAAGGUAUAGAGGCCUCAAGGUUGCUUGAGUCUGAAGGAACUCAGACACAUCUAACAUUCGUUUACAGUUUUGCACAAGCAGCAGCAGCAGCACAAGCUGGUGCAUCUGUCGUCCAAAUAUUCGUAGGGCGUAUUCGGGAUUGGGCAAGGAAUCACUCUGGUGACCCAGAGAUAGAUGAAGCUUUAAAGAAGGGAGAAGAUGCUGGGCUCGCCUUGGUGAAGAAAGCUUAUGCAUAUAUCCACAGAAAUGGGUACAAAACAAAGUUGAUGGCAGCUGCCGUACGCAACAAGCAAGAUGUAUUUAGCCUUCUGGGGAUUGAUUACAUCAUCGUGCCCGUGAAGAUAUUGCAGUCUCUGGAUGAAUCUGUCACUGAUCCUGAUGAAAAGUAUGGCUAUGUCCAGAGGUUAACUCCUUCCCUUGACAAGAUGUACAACUUCACUGAAGAGGAGCUUGUUAAGUGGGACCAGCUGAGCCUUGCGGCUGCGAUGGGGCCAGCUGCUGAAGAACUGCUUGCUUCUGGUCUGGAGGGAUACGCGAACCAGGCGCGCCGCGUGGAGGAGCUCUUCGGGAAGAUCUGGCCACCUCCCAAUGUUUAAAGACUCCCUCACUGUGCAAUAGACUUUUUUUCUCCCUUCCAACAAAAAGCAACAGCAUGUUUGUUCUUGUCACGUUCAUGUUUUUUCUUUUGUCCUUCAGAUACCUGCCAGAUUGAUCUGAACUCCAGUAUGAAUCCUUUUUUUGAAAAUGUGGUAGCUCUUGGUGACAGUUU